GGAAAUGGCAAGCGGUCUGACCCCAACAUGAGUCCCGAGAAAAUACCACCCAGCCUUCUUCACAGGGUUCUCAUCUCAGACGCCCAACAGCUCAACCGCUUGUUGCAGGUUAGCCAUGCGUCGCGUCACUUCCUUUAUUUUCUCCUCUCACUUUUGAGUUGCAAUCUAUUUUUAUACAAACGUAUCUCUAUAGGAUUUAUAAAUGUCUCCGAUUGGCUAAUUCGAAAGUUUAAAAGAAAAAGAAAUAGGUUUGGAUAUAACCCAAUGAAAAAUUAAAAGGGCCAAAAUUAGUAAAAAAAAAUAAAAAAAGGCAAUUUGAAAAAAAAGUUAUAAUGAAUACAAUAAGAGUAGAACAUACAGAGUAUAAGUAGAUAAUCAAAGUCAAUAUGAAAAUUAAUUAUAGAGAAUAUAUUUGUUUUUAUAUAAUAUAUAAUUCAGUCGUUAUUAUCACAAAAAGGUCAUCAUGAGAGAGGUUGUAUAGAAAAUCAUUAUAGAGAGUAUAUGAAAGUCAUUACAUAGAGAGUAUAUCAUGAAUUCAUUUUAGAGAGAGUAUAUAAAAAGUAUUUAUUGAGAGAGUAUAUGAAAAGUCAUUAUUGAGAAAUUAUAUAAAAGAAUUAAUUAUAGAGAGAUUAUAUUUAAAAAAAGGCAUUACGGAGAGAGUAUAUCAAAGUUAUGACAGAGAGUGUGUAUAACAAAAAGAACUAACAAUUCAUGAACAUCUACAGGAAACACCCCAGCCGUCAGAUGACAACACCUUUCUGUCACCAUUCGACGAUGCUGGAUACAAGUCAGUGUCAGAUGAAGAUUUUAGCCAAGCUAUCGACAGGAGUGUCCCUGAAGUGAGACAGCUGAGGCAGUAUCUGGAGGCACUGGUG